AUGUCCGAUAAUUCAUGGCAUACGGUUACCAUACGGGUCCCCUUCGCAAACCCCAAACACGCAACGAUAGCGAUGCAAGUGAUUGAUGUGGAUCCAGAGCUUCAGAGAGAAGCCGUUAAACGCACGUUGACGGUGGACGGCAAUGAUCUCGUCGCGUCAUUCGCGACUUCAACUGUUCGACUGGCAAGGCUGACAACAAAUGGCUUUCUGGAGAACGUAGAUCUGGUGGCACGGACUAUUGGCGAGUUUGGAGAGGACUCGGAACGACAGCAAGUCUAG